AUGAGCUACGAUAGACAAUACGACAGGCCUCAUCGUGGGGGCGGAAAUCGUCGACGCGGCUACAGAGACGAUUAUGACGCACACGACAGACGAAGGGAAGCCUUCGAAUCCCCUGAACAAAUACUCAAGAACUCAAUUAUUAAACUGGGAGAAGUGGACGCCAUACAAGAACUGCCGCGACUAGCGAAACAAAUCCGUGAACAAGUGCCACUUUCAGUUGUGAUUGAACAACCGUACAAAAUUCCCUACUACGCAGCUCUUCUCCGCCUCUUACAUGAUCCAACUGAAGGCGAAAAUGCUGAAUCUUCGACAAGUUCGUCUCUUGGCAAACAGGUCCUGGAAGAUUUUUGGAAGGGCUUCCAGGGGUAUCUAGACAAGCUGGCAUGGAGAGAGGUUCGACUAUGUAUUCACUUUUUUGCGCACUUGACUGUGGCUCAAGUCAUUUCCAUCGAAUCCAUGUCUGCACUCCUUCAGUCGUUUGCUGCUGUCCUCGACGAGUUUGGUGUUUCUUAUGGACGCGGCAGAAACGCAGCUCUUUGUGCUAUUGAGGGUCUGAUCAUAAGUGGUGCAGUAAUGGCAAAGAGCUCAUCUUCCAACACCCCUGAGAUAAUCAAGACCAUUCAAAACUACAAUGAUUCUAUCUACUGGCCUAAGCUGCUUGUCCAGCCUAUAAUGAGUUUGUUCACAGAAUCCAGGUCUUUGGAGGGUGCUGACGAGAUCGUUGAAACUGGACUUGUCGUGCUGAAAGCUCUUGACUCCUCUGAAUUCGUAGAAGCGUCUGAGAGCUUCCCACAGCCAUACCUUGAUUUCCCGGAUCUAGAUCCGACAGAAUCUGCUCCAUUCGAGCUGCCCGCAAUUCUGGUACCCCCCGAAGUCAUUGAGCUUGACGGGCUGGCUACAGAUGCUGGCGAAGAUGCCCAGGUCAAGAAAGAGGACUGGCCACAGUAUUUCGUUCACCUGUUCGAUAACGAUACCACCCCCGACCCUGCCACCCCCGCUGGAUUCCUAAUACGGUCCCAAAUCCUUGACACGCUUGACAUAUUCGAGGUCAAUCGUAAAGAAUGCGCUCGUCUCCUCCUCGAGUAUCCAAAGUGGUGUCCGAAACCUGGGGCUCCUGAGCCUGAAUACGAAUCCGGGAAGAACUGGCAGUUGGAGAGCACUGUCAUAGAGACUGUCUUAGGCUCUCUUUACCUGCUCCCAGAAUCGACACACAAAACAGUCUACCACAUUGCCCUCAUUACCGAGCUGUGCAAGCUCUCGCCAUCGACUGUCGGCCCCGCCGUCGGAAAGUCGAUACGCAAGUUAUAUACUACUCUUGCCGACGGGUUUGAUGUGGAGAAUGCUCGACGCUUUGCAGAGUGGUUCGCGGUGCACAUGAGCAAUUUCGGUUUCCAAUGGGUUUGGAAAGAAUGGGUACCCGACUUGGCACUAUCAGAACAGCACCCCAAACGCACCUUCAUACGCCGUGCACUGGAGUUUGAGAUACGGUUGUCGUACCACGACCGAGUAUUGAAGACUUUGCCUGAGCCUAUGCAAACCGACACCACUGUCAUUUCUGAUCAGGCGCCAGGACCGGCCUUUGAAUAUGAUGAUCCCAACACGAUCCGGUCAAUCUCGACCCAUUGCCUACUCUCUAUUGGCUCACGAUCCUUCUCCCAUCUCCUCAACGCGAUUGAGCGUUACCUGCCCCUCCUUCGAGGGCUGGCCGGCACCGACGCAGAGGCCAAGCAAGACUAUUCUCAGUGCUGUCGCAUGGUGAACAUUGUGUUUGACAAGCUCAUGCAAUACCAGAUCGUCGACCCCACGGAUGUUGUUGGUUGGACGUUUGAGAAUGUUGGCGGGGAUGCGCAUCUCAGUGGGAUGCGACCGAUGAGCCUGAGUGCAUUCGAAUGGGACUUGUUGAGAGGCGCAUUAGACAAGGCGAACGGGCGAGUCAUGGUGGCGAGGAGGAAAGUUGCGGCGCUCAGGAAGGAGCACGACGAUAGCGUCGCGCGCGUAAAAGCGAGUGGUGGUGCGGAUGUUGGAUCCAUCGAAAUGGAUGCCGAUGUGAAGCCUUUCAAGCAAGAUGACUCCGCCCCAGAAAACCCCCAGUUAACGGUGGCACUCAAGGCGUUCGCUAGCCUUACCCGCGAGCAAAAAGGAGCUCUAGCACGAACAAUUGAAGGCUUCGUGUCGUGCUUGACGCCACCCCCAUCUGCUGAUCGCCAAAAUCCUCAUGCUCAGACAGUGAUCACAGAGAAGGCUUGGGAGGCACGAGCUGAAUGGUCUGCCGACGAAUGGAAUACAUGGGAGACAUGGGGUUGGUACCGACACUUUUGCAGAACGUACUCUCCGUACUUGCGAAACUAUCAAGAGACGCUGGGUACGGUCGGAUUUGCCAAAAUUGAGGGCUCAACGAGCCCUGCUGCUAAGCUGAUGAAAAAGACUUGGGGUAUGGCGACUGGUCAAGAAGCAUAA